AUGCGUCCGAGGUUGAGCUUCGAGAGGCUCAGCUUCGACACCUCGACCGAACGAGAUGGCGACAGCUCGACCGACUAUGACAGUUAUGAAGACCUACCCAGAGUAGCGUCCAUGAUAACGGACAUUGACAGAGGAGAAAUCGAAAGAAUAGCCAAUACGCUUUCAUGGCGAGAGUCAGUUGCCGUCGAUACCAGCCUGCGGAGGAUCUCAACCUUGGGAGCUCACGACCAUAGACUGGAGCCAUCCCACAAGGACUUUGACAUUGGACGGUGGCUCAGGCGUACUCUACAAGAAUUGCAGUCUCGAGGAGUCUCCAUCAAGAAGACGGGCAUUGCCUACUCAAAUCUCAAGGUGUCGGGUACUGCUCCUGCCCUGCAACUCCAGGAUACUGUCAGUAGUAUGCUUGGCGCGCCGUUCCGACCCGAGACAUGGGAUUUUGGCAAGAAGGACCACAAGGUUAUUCUACGCAACUUUGAUGGGCUGGUCGAGAGCGGAGAACUUCUCAUUGUCCUCGGCCGUCCGGGCAGUGGCUGUUCCACUCUACUCAAGUCCAUGACUGGACAGCUCUACGGACUUUCGGUAGAUGAAGGCUCAACUGUCAGCUACAAUGGCAUCUCGCAAAAGGUCAUGAUGAAAGAGUUCAAGGGAGAAACCCCUUACAACCAAGAGGUCGAUAAGCACUUUCCUCAUCUGACGGUGGGUCAGACAAUGGAGUUUGCCGCGUCUGCUAGGAUGCCGUCGAACGGUGGUGGCGACAUGACCCGAGAGGAGCGGUCCAAGCUGCUGGCCGAGGUCGUCAUGGCCGUCUGCGGGUUGAGCCACACAUAUAACACAAAAGUUGGUAACGACUUUGUUCGCGGUGUAUCGGGUGGUGAGCGCAAGCGUGUGAGUAUUGCAGAGAUGAUCUUGGCCGGAUCGCCUCUGUGUGCGUGGGAUAACAGUACCCGAGGUCUUGAUGCCGCUACGGCUUUGAAGUUUGUGGAAACCUUGCGGCUCACUGCCGACUUGACCGACACCACGGGAAUUGUUGCCAUCUACCAGGCCAGUCAAGCCAUCUACGACCUCUUUGACAAGGCCACGGUUCUCUACGAAGGACGGCAGAUCUACUUUGGUCCAGCCAGCCAUGCAAAGGCCUACUUUGAGAACCAAGGAUGGUACUGCCCUCCUCGUCAGACGACUGGUGACUUUCUCACCGCCGUCACGAACCCUUCCGAGAGACAGGCCCGUCCAGGAAUGGAGAACCAGGUGCCACGUACAGCAGACGAGUUUGAGCACUACUGGCGCCACUCGGCCGAGUACUUGCACUUGCACAAGGAACUGCAGCAAUACCAUCUGAGACAUCCCAUGCAAGAGAACAGUGAGAGUCUGGCAAUCCUCCGCCAGCAAAAGGUUGCAAGCCAGGCCAAACUUGUCCGUGAAAAAUCCCCAUACUUGAUCAGUAUACCAAUGCAGAUUCGACUCAACACCAAGCGAGCAUAUCAGCGACUCUGGGGUGACAGGGCUGCCGUUACGACUACAAUGAUUUCUCAUACCAUUGGUGCCCUCAUCAUGGGUUCUCUCUAUUACGGCACACCAGACUCAACUGCCGGCUUCACGUCAAAGGCUUCUGCAAUCUUCCUGGCUGUCCUCAUCAACGGCUUGCACAGUCUUGCCGAGAUUGCCACCAUGUACGACCAGCGGCCGAUUGUAGAGAAACAAGUGUCUUAUGCCUUCUAUCAUCCCUCCACGGAAGCAAUAGCUGGCGUUGUGGCAGACUUGCCAAUAAAAUUCUUCAUGGCAGUCGUAUUCAACAUUACCUUUUACUUUUUGGUUGGUUUGCGUCGAACACCGGCUCAGUUUUUCCUCUUCUUUCUGGUCACAUACAUUGGCACCUUUGCCAUGUCAAGCUUGUUUAGAACCAUGGGAGCAAUCACCAAGACAGCCCCUCAGGCAUUGGCCAUCUCGGGUGUCAUGAUCUUGAUGCUUGUCAUCUAUACGGGGUUCACCAUUGCUAUACCUCUCAUGCACCCUUGGUUUUCAUGGCUCCGCUAUAUCAACCCCAUGUUCUGGGCUUUUGAAAUUCUCGUGGCCAAUGAGUUCCACGGUGGCGAGUUUUCAUGCGACGCCUUUAUCCCUGCUAUCGGCCGGGUCGGAGACUCGUUCAUCUGCUCCGUCGUCGGUGCCAUCCAAGGGCAGGAGACGGUCAACGGAGAUGCCUUUAUUGGUGAAAGCUACGAGUAUUUUUGGUCUCAUGCCUGGCGCAAUCUCGGCAUCCUCAUUGGCUACACCCUCUUCUUCAUGUUUCUUUACUUUCUCGCUUCCGAGCUCAACAGCACCACCUCCAUCACUGCCGAGGCUCUCGUCUUUCGCAGAGGCCACGUCCCUGCACACCUGCUCCAUGGCAAGUCAGGCGGCCAUGAUGAGGAGAUGAUGCCUGUUUCCGGGGCCAAGAAUGAGGAGUACAGUAGCGGUAGUGACAUGAGAGCGAUUGAACCACAAAGAGAUGUCUUCACCUGGCAGGAUGUGGUCUACGACAUUGAGAUCAAGGGCGAACCGCGAAGGCUUCUGGAUCAUGUCUCGGGUUGGGUCAAACCCGGUACUCUGACUGCGCUCAUGGGCGUGAGUGGUGCCGGCAAGACGACGCUGCUCGAUGUCCUGGCGCAGAGGACCACCAUGGGCGUCAUUACCGGCGGCAUGUUUGUCAAUGGUAAGCCCCUGGAUGCUGGGUUUCAGCGCAGUACGGGAUAUGUCCAACAGCAAGAUCUUCAUCUCGAGACAGCCACCGUCCGUGAGAGUCUACGCUUCAGUGCCAUGCUGCGUCAGCCAAAGUCGGUCAGCAAGCAGGAAAAGUACGAAUAUGUCGAGGAAGUUAUCAAACUUCUCAAUAUGCAGUCGUUUGCCAAUGCCGUCGUCGGUGUCCCCGGCGAGGGGUUGAACGUUGAACAGCGCAAACUUCUUACCAUUGGUGUUGAGUUGGCUGCCAAGCCCAAACUCCUUCUCUUCCUCGACGAGCCGACCAGUGGUCUCGACUCACAGAGUUCAUGGGCCAUUGUGGCAUUAUUGCGCAAGCUCGCCGACGCUGGCCAGGCCGUCUUGUGUACAGUGCAUCAACCGAGUGCUCUCCUUUUCCAGCAGUUUGACCGCCUUCUGUUCUUGGCCAGGGGUGGAAAGACUGUCUACUUUGGCGAGAUUGGGCCCAACUCGAGAACGCUUCUGGAUUAUUUUGAGUCCAAUGGAGCCAGGCUAUGUGACGACGACGAAAACCCGGCCGAGUACAUGCUAGAUGUUGUAAACAAUUCAUGGGACGGCCGUGGCAACGACUGGCACACUGCAUGGACCGAGAGCCCAGAGAGCCGCGCGGUUCAGCGCGAGGUCGGCAGGAUCCACGCCGAGACCAAGAGUGUUCCUCUCUCCGCCGGGCCUGGGAGCGAUGCCAGGGCCGAGUUUGCCAUGCCCUUCUCUACGCAAUUCAUCGAGGUCACGAACCGCGUGUUCCAGCAGUACUGGAGAACACCAAGCUACAUUGCCGCCAAGAUGGCGCUUGCCAUCGGCGCCGGCCUCUUCAUUGGCUUUUCCUUUUGGCAUGCCAACACGAGCUUGGCGGGCAUGCAGACUGUCGUCUUCUCGGCCUUUAUGCUCACAACCACCUUUACCUCCGUCGUGCAGGCCAUUCAGCCAAUGUUUGUCACGCAGCGCUCUCUCUACGAGGUUCGCGAGCGCCCGUCCAAGGCGUACUCGUGGCAGGCCUUUUUGCUUGCCAAUAUCCUCGUCGAGAUCCCCUAUGCAAUUGUCAUGGGCAUUUUGACCUAUGCAUGUUUCUCGUACCCCGUCUUUGGGAUCCAAGCCUCGGAGCGGCAAGGCCUUACCCUCCUCUUUUGCAUCCAGCUCUUCAUACAAGCCUCGACCUUUGCCCAAAUGACGGUUGCCGCCGUCCGCGAUGCCCAGACCUCUGGCGCCAUUGUGACGCUCAUCGUCCUGCUGUGUCUCAUCUUUUGCGGUGCGAUGCAGCCGCCCUCGGCGCUCCCGGGCUUUUGGAUCUUCAUGUACCGCGUGUCACCCUUUACCUACUGGAUCGACGGCAUGAUUUCGACGCAGCUGCACGAACGGGACGUCGUGUGCUCGGCCGCCGAGACGUCCGUGUUCAACCCGCCCGCCGGCCAGUCGUGCGGUGAUUACAUGGCCGACUGGCUGAACACCGUGCCCCCUCCCCCCGGCACGCUGCAGAACCCUGACGCCAUGGCCGACUGUCGUUACUGCUCCAUCUCCGUGGCCGAUCAGUUCCUCGCCGGCAACCAAAUGUCGUGGGACCACCGUUGGCGCAACUUUGGCAUUCUUUUUGCAUACAUGAUUUUCAAUAUUGCCAUAACCAUAGGAACUUACUGGGCAUUCCGUGUCAAGAACUGGAAUAGCGGUACCAAGAAGAACAAGAAGGCCUAA